AGCCUUUUGGGUUAGCAUAUGUACUUCUUUUUUCUUUGCUUAAACAAAAGGCUCUAGAAAUAACAAAGAACCCAACUCCCUGAAUUACUGAUGAAUGUAGUCUCCAUCUUGGACACUUUCCUGGAAAAGAAGCGCACUUUACCCUUGUUAAUAUGUUGUCUUUAAAAUUUGAUGUCUCUAAAUAAGCAAUGGACGUGCAUUAAUACUGAGUAUUUUUCACUUGUGGGUUUUUUCCCUUUCAAAGCAAAUUAUGUACAUUGCUCUCUGUUUGCCUUGCUAUCUGUAUAAGAAAAAAAAACACAACACACCCUCCCCCAAGAAAUAAGCAGUAACAGUCGUUGCAGGAUAUUAAAGUGGUAUGAGCUACAAUUACUGUUCAGUGUUCUUUUAUUUUCUUGCACGGUGAUGGGCUCCUUUUGAAGACCAAAAGACUGUUUUGAUGAAGUUGUUUGGUUGAAUGGCAAGAUCCACGGAAUGAUCACAGUUGCGUGCAUUAAUAUGUUAAGUCUUUUCUAAGAGCAUGGAGAGGGUGACUUUGGAAACAGCUGUAGCUGCUGUCAGUGCAGCUCCCUGCCCUCACGCUGUGGGCUGUCCCCUCCAUGCUGAGCUGGGUCCUGCUCCCAUCCCGGCCCAUUGCCAUUGUGCUGGGGAGGACGAGGUGUGCUUCUGCUGCCCUCAGCCACCAACGUGAUGCCCUCCAGCACAGGGGCUUGGGCAGGUAAACCCAGCUCAAUCUCCACUUUCUCUAGGCUGGUAAAUGAUGUUAAUAGAAAUAGUUGCAUUGGUGGGAGUGAUGUUAGGGAGUUUUCUCUCUUUUGCUUUGUGUGCCUUUGUCACCCAAACCCCAGCUGGACUGGACGGUGCAGGGAACACUGCCCACACAGCUGAAAUUCAGGCCGUGUCCCUGGGCAGGCCUGAGGGAAUGGCUGUUUUCCAGGAAUGUGAAGCAUCCCACCUUUGCCCUCAGCUCAACGCUGCCAGCAAAACUUCUGAGGUUGAUGCAGAUGUGCUGACAAAAAGCUCUUUAUCUCAUCUUCUGUACAGAGGUGAGGUGUCUCUUCUGACAAGAGACCUUCUGCUAAAUCCAUGCUAACAGCUUUGCUGGCAGAGCUGUUUUCAUGGAAUCAUGGACUGGUUUGGGUUGGAAGGGACCUUACGGCCCACCCAGCUCCAACUUCUGCCAUGGGGCUUGCCUGGGACCCCAUCCAGCCUGGCCUUGAAUACCACCUCCAGGGAUGGGGCAGCCAUCUGUUUUGAGGUAGGACAAGUUAAAACCUCAGCCCCCCCAGCCUUGCUGCUGCUCAUGGUGUGCCUGGGCCCUGCUGCUGGAGCUCUAGUCCUAAGCAGCUGCAUGCUGGCAGGAAUGCAUGUAACUUAAUGAAGCACAAGGAAGGAAAUGCAAAACCCCAGCAAAUGCUGCAGCUUUUGCAUUCAGGGAAGAAAAGGAAAAACACUGAAUAAGACCUGAUUUGUGUAUGAAAGGGAAGUUCAGUGUGGUCCAGCCCAUGCUCAUUGCUUACACCCUCAUGCACAGAAAGGUGUCAAAGGGAGGCUGUGCAAUCCAGGCCAUGUCCAAGGUGUGAGCAUGGUGCUCUGUUUGGGACUUUGAUCUCCUCUGUCAGAAAGGAUGCCUGGCUGUGUCUGGGGAGGAAAUGCCUUUCAUUUGGCAGUCAUUGCCUUGAGCCUUCCCUGGGUGGCACUGGCCACAUGUAACCUUCUUUAGUGCCUCCUGGGUCACUUGAGGCCAGCUCCUGCCAGGAUGGCAGAGGAGCACAGGUGACACAGAACCAAAACCUGCUGUGUUUCACUCUGCUGUCACAUCUCUGCUCCGUUGCCUUCCCCUGGUGCAGCACACAUGGGGCUUGUCUGCCAUUUGUUCUGUUCAAGCAAAUCGCUGCUGGGAAACCUCCUUUUGGGUUAUUUUCUAACACGUGUACUGGCAAAUAUUGAUUUCACUCCUGUGAUAGAUGUCCUCCUUCCCUGAGAGCUGGGCUGUGUUAAAAAUGUCCCAUGUCUGCAGCUGCCCCAUACUGAGGGGCUGGUCCCCUCUUCCCUUUUUAAUCUGCCGUGGAGGUUUGUCAUUGUGUGAGUGAAGCACUGGGGCUCUAAUGAAGGAUGCUGCUUCCACACCGUGUCAGGCAUUGUUAGUGCGGACGCUGCUGGGACUUGUUGCUAAAUGAAUGGGUUUGCCAGUGCCCAGAUUAAUCCAGGAGCCGCCUGGCUUCUGAGCACUCAAAGCCUAAAUCUACUUGACAGCUUCUGGAGGGACAAAUAUGGUGUGGAAACAUUUGAUCUCUCAGCCAGCUAAUAACUUGAAAACAAUGUAAAUUGGUGAUUAUACAAUGCUCUGAGACACAAAAGGAGAAUUUACAUUUCCAUCAUAGAGCUUCAGUCCGGUGUGACUCUCAAAGCAAACUGCAGUUGCGAAUAAUGCAUUUGUACUUCACGUGGACAUCUUCAUCUCUCAGAGCCCAUUGGAAAGCCGGAUCACAUCCUCCUGGUGGCACAGACUGAGCUGACCCCAGUGCUGUGUGCACUGCUGACACAGAGAAGGCUGGUGUGCAGUUUGGGGGGAGCAGUGGAGCAGUAUUAUCUGUGCCAUGUAGGCUCCUCCUGAUGGAGCCACGUUCUGGCCAACUUCUGCAAAUGAAGGGUUGGUCCCUGGGGCUUCAGCAGUGUGUAACGUCUCCGGGACCAGGCACAAAGCUUGCUGUGCUCUCACAGCUUUGCCAUAGCUACGGUUGCUCCUUCUCCUAAAGCAGACCGCAUUUCCCCACCGGCUCACUGAGCAGCACGCAGCUCUCGGCCCAAGUGCCAGCAAGCUCACAGCGAGCACACAGCAAAUGAAGGCCAAUUGCUAGGAUAACUCACAUAGCUCCAAGGGAGACCUCCAUUUGAAGCUACCAGGAUUGGAUAUUCAUAAUUUUCUCCGGAAAUUCACUUUUACCCUGGGGCUGGAUUACGGCGCGUUCCUUCCAAGGCAGCGGCUGCCCACAGCAGCAGAGCAGUGUGUUCAGCCCAUGCUGCUCUCACUGGGCAGUGGAGGUGUUUGCAGAGCCCCAGCCCCUCCGAGCUUCUGAGUAUUUGCGUGAAAAAUUACCACUGUUCUCUUUGCUUCUCUUCAGGCUCAAUCUGUAGGCUGCUGUCCCGAAGGAGCGCAAUCAGAUCCAGAUGUCUCACCAGUUGUAUGCAUUUUUUAAUCUUUACCCCAACUUUACAUAAGGCAAUAUCUGAUUUCUACAUGCAGUUUCCACCGCCCAAAAAUGAAAAUACAUUGCAAGACAUCCAAGGAGUGGAAAUCCUCCCGGGAGUGGAAAGAAGCACCAGAUCUCAGGUUUCUUGUCCUAGCCUCAGUGCCAGGAACCGGGUGCAGUGGUGGCAGGGUCACACUGGCACUUGGGGUGAUGGUUUGUUCUGCUGGCAUUGGUGAAUGGCACACCCACCAUCUCUGUGGGCACCCUGUGCCAGUGCCUCACUGCCCUUAUCAUAACAAAAUAUGAGAUCUGGGAAGAUCGGGGCCAGCAAACCUGAGCUGGGGGGCGGGGAGCAGCAGGGCUGCGUGGGUGAGGAGGAGGAGGGGGAGUUAAUAGGAAGGCCCAGGAGCUGGUGCUGGGGGUGGAGGUGGGGGGCACAGGAUGAUGUAUGGACACCAGAAGGAGUUCAAGUUUCAGAACAAUGAUUGGUGGCGCAGGGUGACAGGCAGACGUGCUGAGUGUUGGUGUGCAGCUCCCUGCAAAGAGCUCCUUGGGUCAUUUCUGUGCACCUCCCUGUACCUACAGCAGAAAGAAAAAUCAGAAACAAUGAUUUUGAAGGGAAUGAAUGGGUAAAGAACGGCAGUGCUGUGUCCCAGUGAAGCUGCAGAGCUCUGAGCCAUUCCACUCUGUGUUUAUGCACUGCUCCUUGGAGAAUGGGAAAGCUGAAGAGGAGUGGAGGAGUUUAGGAAGUUCACAAGCAGAGUGCUUGUGUUGUUUCUGGCACGGAGUUACCGGCCGUGGGCGUCCCUUCGCAGUGCCAUUCACCUCCAGCAGCCACAGCCAACCCCACUGCUCCCAUUAAGGGUGGCUCAGUCAGUUCCCGGCACAGCAAAGCUUGGGCUGUGGGUCAGGGCCACGAGCAAGGUGCAGCCGGAGCCAGAACGAAGCUGAUCGGUGUGGGUUGGAGUGCUGGAGGCAGCUGCUGCUGAGGUGAGGCACAGUGCUCUGCCUUCUGCUCAGGGCCGUGUGGGAUCCCCGCAGAGAGCCGCUGUCCUCGGCUUUGUGCACAUCUGUGAGCACAGUCACUGAUGUCCCCUCCCUGAACAGAGCACACUGCUGACGUCUCGUUGUGGCUGUGCUAAUGCCAUGCAUUAGUCCUGAAAGAGAAAGGGGAAAGAGAGGGAUGGGUUUGUGUCUUCUCCUGACUAUGCAAAACCGAAUGAAACAGGAGACAGAAGCUACGAAUCCACCCCGUCCCAGUGCAGCCCAAAGAUAAAAGAGUUAAAAUGCUCUGUAAUUAGAGCCAGCCUCAAAGAAGACAUUUUAUGACGGCAGUAGUCAGAUGCUCAGCUCUUACACCCCGUGGCACAGAAUGAAAGAAUGCAAUUUUUCAGCAGUGCUGGGGUUCUCAUUUGGCUCAGCAGCAGUUCAGAGGUAUUUCUCCUUUUGUAAGAAAUAUGAACCGAUUGUGAGGUUGGGACUGCUCGGGUGGCACAGAAAUUUUAUAUAUAUUUAAAUGAUGGUCUCGUCUGGUUCCUACAUCUUUCAACAUAAGCAUUGCCUUUCACAAAGAACCAAAGCAAAAUGAAAGCGUCAGUUAUAUGCAGCAUAGGCUCAAGAAUUUAAUUAGUACCUAAGUGUUAUUCUGAACAGUCACAGCAGAGUUUGUUAGGUUGCUAAAUGGCCCCCUGGGCCCUGAUGGGCUUAGCUGGGAGGACAGGAGCUCCUAUGAGAUGGCAGAGGUGAGUGUACCCUGUGCAGAUCAGCACUCGGCUUGGAGUGUCCUCCUGAUUCAACUGUUGCUUUCGUGGAAACGGAGGCUCUAGGUUAUGUGGAAAGUAGAAGAGUCACAGGGCUUAGACAGCUAAAGGGCCAGAUUUCUAAUCUGGGAUCACAGCAUUCAGCCUCUGCUAUAACCACCUAUUCAAUGCUUUUUCAGCAUUCAAACUAAAAACUCAGUGACCGGCGAUCCCCACACGCUUCCUGAAAUCAAGAGCUGAUCUCCUUAAUGAGCAACGCAUGGCUGUCACACCUCGUGCAUGUCGCUGCUCAGAGCCCUGAAGCACAACCUCCUGAAGCCCUGGGCGGUCACCCCACGUCUCUGCGCCUCUUUGAGGUGACACUGGGGGCUGUGGCACUGAGGGCUGCAGGCAGUGGGCAUGGAGCAGGUGGGGUGUGGACUGGGGAGCUUAAAGGAGCACAGCACUGCUGGGCGUCACUUGUGCUGUUUGCGGCUUUGAAAACAUGGUUUCAACACUUGAAUUCAGGGAUGAGACAGAAAGAAACAUGGCAGAACACAGCCAAAGCCAAUGGGUUGAUGUUAGGGGAAUGUCACAGUGCAUGAGGGAGUUAGGGUUGGGGUUAGAGUUAGGGUUUGGGUUUGGGUUAGAGUGGGUUAGGCCUUGGGUUUGAGUUAGCGUUAGAGUUAGGGUUGGGUUCAUAACUUGCUCUGUUGAUAGUAAUGUGAUGCCAGACAUGAGCUGCUAACUUUUAGCUUGUGUGUGUGCUAUUAAAGUCUGUGUGUAACGAGAGCCCUGAGGACAGCCCCAGACUCUGUGCACUGCUCCUGCCCAACUGUGGGUGCAGGGAACACACUGCUGGUCCUGGGAUGUAGAGCGGGGGGACCCAGAGCUGCAGGGCGUGCACAAUUUGGCAGGCUGGUUUGUGCAAUCAGGGCAGCAGUCUUAAAGCAAAGUUUUCUGUAUUUUCAAGAUAAAUGUUGUGAUUUGUGUGCUUGUUAUUUUGAAUGGAAGAAGCUUACUGUAAAUUGAAGCUGUUGUUUACUGUAUUGCAAAGCAAUGAGUGGGCAGGGCUGCUGAUUAGUGCCCAGCUCCCAGCAACAGGUGGGACAGCAGAGCUUCUGGCACCACCUCAGGCGUUCACUGCUGAUAACAUUUAGGUCAGCACUGGCAAUACAGGAUUUUGUUCUUCUGCUUUCACAAACAAACAAAAAAAAAAAGAAGAAGAGAUGGAAUGGAUCCAUGCAAAUUAAAAAGUAGCAGAAACUGAACCAGGCGUUCAGAGUUUCAAGUAAGCUCUCUAUCAUAGAGGGAAUCAAAGGCAAUUUUUAAGUAGCUAUUGUGUGUUCUGCUUUAAAGUGAUUGUUGUAAACAUCUUGUGAAAAGCAGCUGAGCUGCAUUUUUCAAUUUUCCAUACUGGCCUUGAAAGCCCACAGAGUAUCUGACUGCUCCGAUGGGUGGUGUCACACUUCUCCUGGGGCAGAAAGAUGGUACUGAACAAAUAGAUGAUACGCUACUGAUUUUUUCUGCCUUGGCCAGGUGAGUUGGUGCUGAAGAGCCCAUAACCCCAGGGCAUUCCGUAGGAAUUGCUUUUCUGAUGCAGGGAGGUGCUGGAGAUUCCUCGCACUGUGCUCUGAUUCCUGCACAACUGUGCACUGUGGUUUUGUAGCUCAGUGUAACUGGAUCUAUCAUCCACCUUAACUUCUGGACUUUCUUUCCCUCUGUCUUUUUUUCCCUCCUUUGUAUCCAACUUUUUCUUUUCUUCCUUCUCCUUCAGUUUUCCAACGUUCCAUCUUCUCCAUGCGUAACAUUGUUUCCCUCAUAGGUUUUUCCCUUCUGGGUUUUUCUCUUUUGUGGUACAGGAGCACAGACUUCAAGAUCAGUAUCUCCCUUCCCCAUCUGCCACCUUUCCAUUUGUCUGUGUUUUUAGCAUCAACUGAAAUUCCCUUUGUAUAGUUCCAGUCCGUGUGAUUGAGGAGUUGCUGUACGAUCAGGUAAGCUUGCAGACACAGCUGGUUUUAUAACGUUCCCCAUAGUGCCCACAAAAGCAGAGCCCAGCAGCAGCCCCCACGGGGAGUUUGGGCCAUACAACCCGAGCUGUGUGGGUUUGUCCUACUAAAAGAUGUUGUAAUACGUAUGGAUAACUUGAAGCAAAGAAUACGUUCCAUAGCAACUGCAGUGUUUGUAGUAGCAAUAGCACAUGGGAAUGCCUCAGCACUGCAUUUCAGUGAUUGUAUGGACAUGCUGCAAGGAAAACUGUAGUAAUGAAGCACUGCCUGGAAAAAAAUAGAUGCAAAGCCAAAUUUUUACAACUAGUGUGAGCAACUUAUAAAUGAAACCCACUGAGAAUCAAAGGGAAAGAGCUUGUCAAGCACGGCUAGCCCAAGCAGCAUGGGUUAAGCCACGUCUUGUCAGGUUGUAUGGCGUAUGCCCUUUCUGUAUGCCCAGAAGGAGAAGCAAGGAGAUAUCUUUGUGCUGUAUCCCAGGUCUUGUUCCCUGAGCUCCAGCACUCCUACCCGCUGCACAGAGCAGCGAGACCAACGCAAACCCCAGAGUAAGAGAUCUGCAAAGGGUGGAGUUUGCGGUAGAAUAAUCUGGAAAACAUCUCUAAUUUUUAUAGAUAUAAAGCUCUGUGGAUUUUUAGUUUUGUGUAACCCGUAGAAACUAAUACAAAUGUAAAGAACGUUUUAAUCGACAUCUUUUAGCAUAAGUAAUACUCGAGAAAUAUAACAAAAUACGAAGUAUUGAGUUACUUCCCAGAGUCCCAUUGUUUUUAUUCCGCGUACAAAGAAAUGUAUGAGCCCUGAAGCAGUUUGAGAGGUAAAGGUUAAAUAAUGGGUAUGUAUUCAGCAUUUUAAAACUAAGAAACUGUGGAGCUCUGCAGUCCCUUGUACACAAAGAGCUUGUCAGCACGAGUUGGUGAGAGUGGUGGGAGAUCAGUGCUGGCAGCCCAGAGGAGACGAGCAGGAAGGGUUCGAGCUGAAAAGCAUAAAGAAGAAGGGAGUUAAUCGUGGUCUGUAAAACCAACGUUACUUCUAUUUGUUCCUUUGGCAUCGCAAUACCACUCCAAAACAGAGGCCAACUGUUAACAGAGGCAAAGCCAACUUCAUCCUUUGCAGGCUGACGAAUGGUCAUGUAAGUUACCAAAUAACCCAAGACCUCAGGAUUAAACUUCUCCAAUUGUUUUCACAUGAUGCAACUUUAAAUCUCUCUUUUGAACAGUAUUAAAUUUCCUUUCAUUCCCAUAAACUUCAGAAAAAGUUGACUGCUCUCACAUUUCAGACUGUGACCCAGCUAACUUGCACUUUUCCCCUCUGCUAGUCUGGAGAGCAGAAUAAUGAAAUUCAGACAACGGUGACCAAAUGUUGCUCCGUGGAACUUUCCUUUUACAAAACAGAUGAAUGCUCCUGGGCUCCAAAACACUGCAGGGAACAAAACUUUCAAACCUUAUGGAAAUAAAAUAGUAAGCCUAUGCAGUGACUUCAUCUCCUUUAUCAGAUCAGAGACGUUUUCUCUGGAAUUGAAAUGGAUUAGAAAAAACCCUCUAAGUAGAGGAAAAGAAUUAAAAUAUCCCACUGAAGCCAUUACUGAAAUACUGCUUUAUUUCAAAAAACACACCCACACGGGUGAACACUGAAUUUCACAGAGAAGAAAAACUGCCACAUCAUCAUCGUUCACAGACCUCGUGUUGCAGAUAGAAGUGUGCUAUGGUCAGGCAGGAAAAUAAAUAUCGCAGUGUUUGUGAUCAAAGGGAGAGAUAAGGCCGUGUGCUGCGUGUUCUGAUCCUGACGGAGGGCUGUAGAAAAUGACCACAGAUAAGCGGCUGAUGUGAGGGCUGGGAUUUUUGCCUCUGGGAUCCCCUGGAAACCCGAACAAGUCGGACCAUCCAGCACCUCGCCAGAUGAGGCCCUGUAUUUAUGUAAUGAGAAAUACCCACUGCGCUGCAGAUUUGUUGCUAGUGUGAGUGAGAUUGCGUUCACUUAAGCCCAUUGCAAAUGUAGCCACUAGAGUCAAAAUAAAAGGAGCCAAAAUAUAUAAAUCCAGCAGACAGAGUUUAUAGGGGAACUAAACCAAACAUUCAACAUGGAGAUUUAGUGCAGCCGAACUGGUGUAACUAAACAGGGUACCUUACAUCAUUCUGUGUCCUACGGGCACGGUCCCCGUUUUAGUGGCGUGCUGCGCUCACGCUGAUAUCAAUAAAAGUCUAACAUGCAAAAUGAGUGGAAUAUACGAGAUGUCAGAUGGUGCGGGACGAGCCCAUAAAGCCCAUACCUAAAAUCCACUGUCACGCUUUUGGCAACCCCCAGCCAACUUCCAUGCAAAUUCCACCCCUGGAUCCUUAACUGAUUUUGCCUUAAUUGAAAGCCUUAAAGGUGAAUUGAAAUGUUGUUGGAAUAAAAACCUGUUUAAGAUGCCAAAUCCCUAACAAAAUCCCAGUGCAGACUUACAAGUAAAUAAAUUGUAAAGGCAAACGUGCAGGCCUUCUUAUUAACCUGUCAAACCACGAAUUCUGGAAUCUGUUCUUCUCUUGCAAAAUUUGUGACAUUCUUCUCCCCCUAAUGACUGGAGUAUUUUACUGCUUUGCGGGCCCGGCAACAAUGAUGACAUUGUUUAGGAAGGUGGUGAAAUCUCCCUUGCUCAUGGUGAUGACUGGGGGACCGCUUCCCCAUUAAUUUAUGUGGAGAAUUGGGAGGUACAGACCAGAUGCCAUGGCCCUUUCUUGGCAGUGCUGCUCACUACACGUUGGGCUGGGGCUGCCCAUGAGGUUGUCUGAUACGGUGUGAAGUCAUGGAUGGAAGCAGCUGAGUGUGAGGAUAGUUCAGCUUUCCAAACUAUUGCUUUAAUGACCUCCUCCCUGAAUUUGAUUUUUGAGGACUAGGUUAAGUGAUUCCUCUUGCAAAAAGCAAGCAAACUCUGUAAGAGAAAUUGUGGGCCCUUUGACUGUAAGGGCCAUCACCUGACAUAUUUUGCACAAGUAUAACCUGCUCGUGCCCAAACUAAACUCAAUCCAUGACCUUAUUUUGGAGAUUCACUUCUCGGGGUAAUGAGGAAAUCAGAGUUGAAACAAUUGCAACGCUUCCCUACCGAAAGAUCCCUACAAAGCUCAGCAUCUGCAGUGUAAAUCACCAGCUGUGGGACUUGGAAGCAUCACUGCUGCAUGCUGCUCCUGUUGCCUGUCCUGUUCUGCACCUCGUCUGGUUGUUGAAUUAAUGCUUUGGAAGCACAUUGGAUACCGAAUCUGAUGAAACGCCGGGUGUCAGCGUGCAGUUAUGAACAUGAAACUACUACAACAACAAAAAUAAUGCAUUAUAAGCAUUAUAAUCCCUAUGUUUGCAUGUGUUAUUAAGUAGUCUCUGGUGUUUGCGUCCCAUUCUAUCACCCUUGUCCUUCCGGAAGGGUAACAUUACAUGUUACGCAGCUAUGUAAUUCAAGAAUAUAAAGAACAGAGUCCUGCUAUAUAUAUAAAAUUCCAAUGUAGUACACAUACGAAAGGCAAAGAAUUGUGGUCUGUUUCAGGCUUUUGCCUUUAUCUUUUCCAUUGCCUCCUGCCAAUUUUCAAAGUACUCCCAGAUCACAGACCGAACUAGAUUAUCCGAACAAGAACUCGGCCUCCCGGUCCUCCCUGCUACCACUCCCCAGGGAUACAGCCUGCCCUCUGACCCCCGGCAAUGCUCCCUCCCACUGCUACCUAUCACUGCCCGAUCCUUUGCUUUCCUCUUCAGGCAAAGGCAUUUCAGCCUGAGAAGGAAGCAGAGCUGUGCACACUGGCACCAGCACACCUACUCCUUGGCUUGCUUGGCCCCAAAAUGAAGGGAGACCCUGGAGGGUCUGUGCAUCCCUCCUCCUACAGACACAGUGAAAUAUGUCAUCAUUUGUACUGCACUCACUUUGGAAAACUCAGCUAGGAAAUGAAGGAUGUGCUCAGUGAGACAAUGUCGGCACUGCUGUCAGACAGAAUUCCCACCCUAAAGAAUUGUCAGCGGAAGCAAAGAUAUUUGUUAGUCUCCAGUACUCAAGAAGUACCACCAAUGGCUGUUUUCUACACCAUGGCAGCAUUAAAAGAUCAGUGGUGAACUCAGAUUUAAAUGGGGACUUCCCAUGGGUGCAUGGAUUUUCGGAAUCUGCAGGGCCUGGCCUUGUCUUCAGCUUCCACUCUGGAAUCCUCACUGGGCUCUGAUUCUAGUUACAUCUCAAGUGGGCAGAGGAUGAUUGCUAUGGCCUCGGUGGUUGAAAUGAGAAAGAUCUGGAAUAGAUUAAUGGGAGUGUGAGAGAUGGAAAGGAAAACAAGGACUUUCUCAUAAUGUGACACAAUACUUAAGAACACACACUGUCGAGUCUCUCUUAGCUUGCUGUACUUCUGACACUAUUCUCUUACAAUAUUUUGCUUAUCAUCCUCUUGUUAAGUUUAUUGUACUUACAAAUCAUUCCCAGACAGCCAGCUUCUUAGAUAUCUUUUCAUUAAAAAAAAAAAAAAGAAAAGAAUAAAAGAAUAAAAAGGUUUUGUGUGUAAUACAUUUCCCCUGCAGGAACUGAUUCCUCAGCACUGCUGACUACAAGCCUCUCCUUGUUUUAAAACACACAGCCAUGCAUCUGGCAGCGGGCUCUUCUCCCCACAGCCACCUCCUGAACCUUCAUCUGUGCAUCGCAUCUCCGCAGCAUCCUGCAAACCACGUGGGAGAAACUGCCUCUAAUUUGUCCACCCACCUCACAGCGUGUCACUACCCCGACUACUUCUUGCCAUCGGAUCCUUACUGAUACUCUGCAUUGUUCGUUUUGGGGUGUUGAGGGCCGUGUCCGCUCUGGUUCCUUUGUUUAAUGUAUUUUUAGUUCUUCCACUGCGGUAUGACAGAGUGCAGCGUGUUCAAGGAAAAGUGGGGAGAAUAUUUGUAUUGAUUUCAAAAUGCUGCAGAUUAAGAGCAGAUGUAGUAUGUAUUCCCCAAACGUAUGUUUUAACUUUCAUUUGUGUGCUGUGUGCUGAACAGUCUUCAAGCCAGGAAGUGAUUUAUAUUCGCUAAUUGCAUGCACUUUGGUAGAUUUGUAGCUAAAAAUAAGCGGUUUGUUUUUUAAUUACAAACGAUUUAUCCUUUCACAGGGCCUGUAUCUAACAUCUAGAAGCAAACCAAAGACCCGGGGAAUCUGUGUGCAAUUUUCUGAUCUGCCAUAGACUUCUGUGGCGUCCCCAGGAAGUGGCUGUGGGUUAUCCCUGCGCCCAGGUGACCCCAGCAGCUGUGGGGAUUGGCCCAGGUGGCGGAGCUGGAGAACACUGCUCUUUUUUGUCCCAUCAGAGGAUGUUUUCCACGUGACCGGUGGCUGAGUGGACUUGCUGCGAUGAGCAGAUGGAAAGCAGAGAUUUGUUUAUUGUGGUCAACUUGCUGAUAGUUAGAACAGCUCAGAAAUAACUGGAAAUGUCACCUUAGAGGGCCAGGGCAAGUGAGCCCAGGCUGGUGCUGCAGAAAUCCUAUCCCAGCUGUACAGCCUGACCUUCUCACUGACAUUUCCUCUGUAACUGCAUGGAGCAAAUUCGUCAGUGGUUGUUGAUUUCAUGCCUACGUCAUCAUGGAACAUCUCGAGUGAGCUAGAUAGAGAUUACUUCUUGACGCUGGACGAGCCCAUGAACAACAUCACCACCACUCUUGGCCAGACCGCAGAGCUGCACUGCAAGGUCUCCGGCAAUCCGCCGCCCACCGUGCGCUGGCUGAAGAACGACGCUCCCGUGGUCCAGGAGCCCCGGCGCAUCUCCUUCCGUGCUACCAGCUACGGCUCCCGGCUCCGAAUCAGAAACCUGGACACUACCGACACCGGCUACUUCCAGUGCGUCGCUACGAAUGGCAGGAAGACUGUUUCUACCACCGGUGUGCUGUUUGUCAAAUUCGGUCCCCCACCAACAGCAAGUCCGGGAUCAUCGGAUGAAUACGAAGAGGAUGGUUUUUGCCAGCCCUACCGGGGGAUCGCUUGUGCACGGUUUAUUGGAAAUCGGACCAUUUAUAUGGAGUCUUUGCAUAUGCAAGGUGAAAUAGAAAAUCAGAUCACAGCUGCCUUCACCAUGAUUGGCACUUCCAGCCAUUUGUCGGAUAAAUGCUCCCAGUUUGCUAUUCCUUCACUCUGCCACUACGCCUUCCCCUACUGCGAUGAGACUUCCCCAGCUCCCAAGCCACGAGACCUGUGCCGCGACGAGUGUGAAAUUCUGGAAAAUGUCCUGUGUCAGACAGAGUAUAUUUUUGCUAGAUCCAAUCCCAUGAUUCUGAUGAGAUUAAAGCUGCCCAACUGUGAAGAUCUUCCCCAGCCAGAUAGCCCCGAAGCCGUCAAUUGUAUCCGGAUUGGGAUUCCCAUGGCAGAUCCCAUAAAUAAAAAUCACAAAUGCUACAACAGCACAGGGGUGGACUACCGGGGCACGGUGAGUGUGACCAGGUCAGGGCGGCAGUGCCAGCCGUGGAACUCGCAGUACCCGCACACGCACACCUUCACUGCCAUCAGGUACCCGGAGCUCAACGGGGGGCACUCCUACUGCCGCAACCCCGGCAACCAGAAGGACGCCCCGUGGUGCUUCACCUUGGAUGAGAAUUUCAAGUCUGAGAUCUGUGACGUCCCAGCAUGUGACUAUAAGGAUGCCAAAGAAAAGAACAAAAUGGAAAUCCUGUACAUCCUGGUGCCAAGUGUUACUAUUCCCCUGGCCAUAGCAUUGCUCUUCUUCUUCAUCUGCAUUUGUCGCAACAACCAGAAGUCGUCCUCCCCUCCAGUUCAGAGACAGCCAAAACACGUCAGAGGGCAGAAUGUGGAGAUGUCAAUGCUCAACGCCUAUAAACCAAAGAGCAAGGCUAAGGAGUUGCCUCUCUCUGCUGUUCGUUUCAUGGAAGAACUGGGUGAAUGUGCUUUCGGCAAAAUCUACAAGGGACACCUCUACCUUCCAGGCAUGGACCACGCUCAGCUCAUUGCAAUCAAGACACUAAAAGACUUUAACAACCCCCAGCAGUGGGCAGAGUUCCAGCAAGAAGCAUCUCUUAUGGCUGAGCUCCACCACCCUAACAUUGUUUGCCUCUUAGGUGUGGUGACCCAGGAGCAACCUGUCUGCAUGCUCUUCGAGUACAUGAACCAAGGAGACCUCCACGAGUUCCUCAUCAUGAGAUCACCACACUCAGAUGUUGGGUGUAGCAGCGAUGAGGAUGGAACUGUAAAAUCCAGCCUGGACCAUGGGGAUUUCCUGCAUAUUGCAGUUCAGAUUGCAGCAGGGAUGGAAUACUUAUCAAGCCAUUUCUUUGUCCAUAAAGAUCUCGCCACUCGUAACAUUUUAAUUGGAGAACAGCUUCAUGUGAAAAUUUCAGACCUUGGACUCUCAAGAGAAAUCUACUCAGCAGAUUAUUACAGAGUUCAAAACAAAUCUCUUCUGCCGAUUCGCUGGAUGCCACCGGAGGCGAUUAUGUAUGGCAAGUUCUCUUCUGAUUCAGAUAUUUGGUCAUUCGGAGUGGUUUUAUGGGAGAUAUUCAGCUUUGGACUUCAACCAUAUUACGGAUUUAGUAAUCAAGAAGUCAUAGAGAUGAUCAGGAAGCGACAGCUGCUGCCGUGCUCUGAAGACUGUCCUCCUCGAAUGUACAGCCUGAUGACGGAGUGCUGGCACGACUUGCCCUCUCGGAGGCCGCGAUUUAAAGAAAUCCACACCAGGCUGCGCUCCUGGGAGGGCCUUUCAAGCCACACUAGUUCUACCACCCCCUCAGGUGGGAAUGCCACCACUCAGACAACUUCCCUCAGCGCAAGCCCCGUUAGUAACCUGAGUAAUCCCAGGUACCCUAACUACAUGUUUCCAGCACAAGGUAUACCACAAGGCCAAAUUGCCGGGUUCAUAGGGCCGCCCAUACCUCAAAACCAGCGAUAUAUCCCGAUCAACGGGUACCCAAUUCCAGCAGGAUACGCCGCUUUCCCAGCUGCCCACUACCAGCCGCAGGGCCCGCCCAGGGUAAUCCAGCACUGUCCUCCUCCAAAGAGCCGUUCUCCCAGCAGUGCCAGCGGAUCCACUAGCACAGGUCACGUCACAAGUUUGCCAUCUUCAGGAUCCAACCAGGAGGCAAACAUCCCUUUGCUAUCCCAUAUGUCGAUUCCCAGUCAUCCGGGCGGAAUUGGUAUAACCGUUUUUGGAAACAAAACUCAAAAACCAUACAAAAUUGACUCGAAGCAGUCUUCCCUAUUAGGAGACUCGAGCAUCCACGGACCUAAUGAAUCUGUGAUUUCAGCUGAAUUGUAAAUAAGUGAGGCCUCUGUAAAUAUAACUAUUUACAAUACAAACUAGAAAGUAGUAGAAAAGAUUUAUAUUCAAAUAUUUUAUUAAAGAUUCUUCUGGUUGUUUAACAGACAUCGCAGCAAGUAUCUUCUGUGAAGUUUAACUACUUAACGGGAUGGGCAGAGCAACCAGACAAAGAUCCUUGUGGUAUCAAUACUCAGCUUUGUGAAUGGACACGUUGUUUCUCCAAGUGCCACCAACAGUUCAAAGAGGGGAAGGGGGGAUUUUUUAAAACAUGAACGUUUUAUCAUACGCUUUUUCACAGCUUGUUAAGCCUCUGAUGUGGUUUAAAUCACAGAAACUUUUAAAUGCUGAAAACAUAUUUUAAUAUUUGUCUCUUUUUUUAGGAGAUGCAAAUAUUCGGCGAUCUACUGGGUGUGCAAUUUCAGUUCCAAUGGCUAGUUAAAAUAUUUGUAAAUUUUGCAGUCGAGGAUUAUGUUUCAAGUAUGUGACCUGAGAGCUGGAUAAAUUCCUUCAGGUAGGGUUUUGGUCUUGUGUUGCGUUGGGAGUCUGAGUCCAGAUUCAGGCCAAAAAGGGUGUUUUAUACGACGCCACAAUAUCUUGAGUUAUCAGCUUGAGAAAAUCAUCUGCUAUUGGCUGCUGAAGAUGGCUGGAGUUGUAAGAAAUUGCCUUAAAGGAAAUGAAAUUAAAGUAUUUUAAUUUCAGAACCUGAAUCAACUUCUUCAAAGAUAACAUUUCAUAAUUUUUAUAGGUAGAUAAAGUGGAAAUUGUGUAUCCUUUUGUUGCUAUGCAACUGUUUAAUGGAAAGGCUCCAAAUCACAGUUUUAUAUGACAGUUUUUCCCAGUGAUAUUUAUUAUUUCAGAUCAAUACGUAAUUUCAGUGACUCUGACUCCAGUAACCCUGAAAGAAGGGAAACUCGCAUUCCAUCAGGCAGCAGAUCCGUUGAUAGCAAUUUACUGUCUAUUUUAAUAAUGUGAAUUAAUGUUAAUUUUCAUCCUAGAAACAUGACGUGCAUAAUUAGUAAAAUGUAUUCAGGUAUGAGCAGUCUACAAUAUUCAUUUGAAACCACUUUAAUGAGUUACAGAAGUGCUGUGUACCUUAAUGACUUUUCACAGUCUCUCUUUUGUACUGAAUCGUAUUUUUUAUUGUACACAAUGGAAACAAUCUUUGCUCAAUUGACAACGUUGUAUAAUAUGACUUUAUUUUUAUCUUUUUGCACAAAAGUGUGAUGAUGUUUUGUACAGCAGAAGUGAAAAUACAUCUCUGCAUUUUAUAUCUUGGUCUGUUUCUUUUUAUUUUUACCCUGAUGUAGAUGUUCUUGAAAUAUAUUAUGGUGAUAUUCAGCCACUACCUUAUACAAAUAUUUUUCUUUGUUUUCACUGCAUGCGUUUAAUCACUGUAUUACUUGAUGAUUGAUUUAUUAAUUACGGGCAUUUCAAUUAGGCGAGCAUGAAAAUGUAAUAACAAAGGCUAUUUUAUAAUUAAGAUAUGUGCAUUUUUGUAUUUCACAUGCCAGAGAUGAUAUUAAACACUGAUUAUUCUA